GUGUUCAUUCAUUCCUUGGCUCGCGUCUAUGCGCUUACUCGCAACCCGAAUCCCGGGGCUCUUGAGAGAGGCGACGACGACGACGACUGCUGCCUUAGCGAGUCGGCGAGCGUGGCUUACCUUUUAUGGCGAUCCAAGAAAGAUCUCGCCGUUUGUUUCGCGUGGUGUACGGUACGGUACGCGACGUCGGGCCUGUGAUGCUGAGUGAAAAUUAUUGAAAGGGAGCAAAGGGAAAGGCAGGAAGGUGACGCGGAAACGGAGGGUUGAAUAUAUAUUUGAUAUAUAUUGGGCGGGUUUGCUAAGCAUUGCAUUGCGGCGAGAAGCGACCGAGGACGGAGAUAGGAAGAAUGACUGGCAACUUCCAGUGGAGUUUAAUAUUACUAUUAAUAACAUGGUUGGAGAAUGGGUCAUCGAUACAAUUAUCAAAACCAACCGGUACAAAUGCUUGCAUCAGCAAACAGAGUUGCCAUGACUGUAUUCAAACACCAAGCUGCGCUUGGUGUUCCUUACCCGAUUUUGAUAAUAAACGAUGUUUCCUUCCACACAUUAACUUAAGAAUCUCCGAAGAAUGUCCAGACAAUUAUACAUUCAAUCCAGACAAUGAGUAUAUCAAAAUACAUCAUAAGGAAUUAUGGAAAGGAAGUUAUACUAUCGAAGGUGGCAAGCAAGAAGGUUUCAGUUAUGAAUCCGGAGAACAACAAUCUGUGAAAGGAAGCUAUCAUUCCGAUUCAGUGAGCGGAAGUAAAACGAGCUUUAAUGGUAAACAGGAAGCUGUGCAAUUAUAUCCACAAGAGGUUAAUUUGAGACUUAGAAUAAACGAAGUUCAAAAAAUCAAAAUUGAAUAUGCGCAAGCACAGGAUUAUCCUGUAGAUCUGUAUUAUCUUAUGGAUUUGAGCAAUUCCAUGAAAGACGAUAAGCAAAAGUUAUCGGAUUUGGGUCAGCUGCUCGUUGAAAGUAUGAGCAAUAUUACAAGCAAUUUCCGUUUAGGAUUUGGUAGUUUUGUCGACAAAGUUGUUAUGCCUUAUGUCAGUAUGGUGCCAAAGGCACUUAUUGAACCCUGCGAUGGUUGUGCUGCCCCAUACGGUUAUUUAAAUCAUAUGCCACUGUCACAGAAUACGGAACGUUUUGCAAAAGAAGUGCGAGAUGCUCCAGUUUCGGGAAAUUUGGAUGCUCCAGAAGGAGGUUUUGAUGCUAUAAUGCAAGCAAUCGUAUGUAGAGAUGAAAUUCGGUGGCGAGAGAAAGCUCGAAAACUUUUGCUCUUUUCCACUGAUGCCGGUUUCCAUUUUGCCGGUGAUGGGAAGUUAAGUGGUAUUGUUAAACCAAACGACGGUUGUUGCCACUUGGAUCAAAAUGGAUUAUAUACUCACUCAACUCUUCAAGAUUAUCCUAGUAUUUCACAAAUUAAUCUUAAAGUUAAGGAAAACUCCAUCAAUAUUAUUUGGGCAGUCACGGAAGAACAAAUAAAAAUUUAUCAGGCCUUAACAAAACAUAUUGAAGGAUCGUACGCAGCGAAACUCAGCGAAGACUCAAGUAACAUUGUUGAUUUAGUUCGCGAGCAAUAUAAUGCUAUUUCAAGUUCUGUUGAAAUGAAAGAUACAGCCAGUAAUUAUGUUAAUAUAAAAUAUUAUUCGAAUUGCCUUGGCGGAGGUCAAAUGAUCGAAACAAACAAGUGUGACGGACUUAGAGUUGGAAAUAAAAUUGAAUUUACUACAGAGAUUGUAAUAUCCGCUUGUCCUAAAAAUCGUUCGGAAUGGAAUCAAAAGUUCUUUAUUUAUCCGGUGGGUAUAAACGAAUCUCUCACUGUGAAUUUGGAGAUGAUUUGUGAUUGCCAGUGUGAAAACAGCGGUGAAAAUGGAUUUGAAUAUAAAUCGGAAUUGUGCAAUGGUCACGGAGAUUUAACCUGUGGUAUUUGCGUAUGCAAUGAUGGCUAUUUUGGCAAAAAUUGCGAGUGCGGCACCGACGACAGGGGACAAAUAAUCGUAAAUGAAUUUGCUUGUCGUCGUGAUAAUUCAUCAAAUGUAGAUUGUGGUGGUAGAGGCUCAUGCGAAUGCAAUGUUUGUAAUUGUAAUACCAGAGAUGAUCCAACCGAGAUGAUUUGGGGUCAAUAUUGUGAAUGUGACAAUUUUUCAUGCGAUCGUCGAAAUAACACAAUCUGUUCUGGUCAUGGGACUUGCAAUUGUGGCAACUGCGAAUGUUCUUUAGGUUGGAAGGGAAAUGCAUGCGAGUGCAGCACAGAUACAAAUUCCUGUGUUAAACAUGGACUCGAGUGUUCUGGACACGGUGUUUGUGAAUGUGGUAAAUGUAAAUGCAACGUUGAAGGUGAAACACGAUAUUCAGGUCAAUACUGUCAGAUUUGUCGCACUUGUCCGAGCCGCUGUGAGGAGCUCAAGCCUUGCGUACUUUGUAAAGCUUUCAAAGCAGGAAAUCUCACCGAGACGGAAUGCAAUAAUACCUGCGUCGACUUCCAACCAGAAAUCGUGGAAACACUCGAGGUAGACGUUGACCAGGAAGAAACUGGUUGCUGGGGCUAUGACGAACAGGAUUGCAAGUACUAUUUCGCCUACUAUUACAACAUGACCGUAAACAAACUGCAAGUGAAGGUCCAGAAGGCGCGCGAAUGCCCACCACAAGUUUAUGUACUUGGUAUAGUAUUGGGAGUAAUUGCGGCAGUCGUUCUCAUCGGCUUGGCAUUAUUACUCGUAUGGAAGUUGCUCACAACCAUUCACGAUAGAAGGGAAUUCGCAAGAUUUGAGAAGGAAAGAAUGAUGGCCAAGUGGGACGCUAGUGAAAAUCCAAUUUAUAGACAAGCCACUUCGACCUUUAAAAAUCCAACGUACACAGCAAGUGGAGUACACAUGCCAUUGACUAAAUAAAUAAAGUCAAAAUUGCCUUGUAUUUCAUCAAGCAUUAAUAAUUUAAUUACGAUUAUGUUUGAAAUAUUAGAUAAUUUUUAAAAGGAUCUUGAGAAAAGUGAUACUAUGAGCAGCUCUUAGAAAA